AUGGGGAAUAUAUUCGUGAAGAAACCUAAGGUAACGGAUGUGGAUCGUGCAAUUCUAGCUCUCAAGACCCAGAGACGCAAACUUGCUCAAUAUCAACAAAAGCUUGAUGCUGUUAUUGAAGCAGAAAAGCAAGCUGCACGUGACUUGAUUCGUGAAAAGAAGAAAGAUAGGGCUUUGCUUGCGUUGAAGAAAAAAAAGACACAAGAAGAAUUGCUGAAGCAAGUUGAUACCUGGCUUAUAAAUGUUGAGCAACAAUUAGCAGAUAUUGAACUGGCAAGCAAGCAGAAGUCUGUUUUUGAAAGUUUAAAAGCUGGAAAUGAAGCGAUGAAAGCCAUACAAAGUGAGAUAAACAUUGAGGAUGUUCAGAAACUUAUGGAUGACACUGCUGAAGCUAAAGCUUAUCAAGAUGAAAUCAAUGCAGUGCUUGGGGAGCAAUUAUCAGCAGAAGAUGAAGAGGAAAUUUUGGCAGAGUUUGAGAACUUGGAAACCCAGCUUGCUGUCGAUGAUCUUCCUGAAGUUCCUACCACAGUUUCUGAAGAUAUUAAUGAAAAAUUGGACCUUCCUGAUGUUCCAACCAAGGCACCAGUUGCCACUGAGGCUAAAGAACCUAUAAAAAGAAAAGUUAUGGAGGAACCAUUGGCAGCUUGA